AUGUCAAGAGCUAUAUCGUCAACAAGAGUAUUAAUAGAAAAUGAAAUAAUACCUGGUACCCUAAUAUACUCAAUUGAAACUGGGAAAAUUCUAGAACUACAAAAAGAAAUUUUGCAACCAGGAGAUCCAAUACUAAAAAGAUAUGAUGUCUUAUCAAUAGAUUAUAGAAAUGUUUCACCAGCAGUAGUAAUGCCAGGUUUAGUUGAUGCACAUGUACAUUUAAACGAACCAGGGCGUACAGAAUGGGAAGGAUUUGAAACGGGAACAAAAGCAGCAGCUUCCGGAGGUGUAACAACAGUAAUUGAUAUGCCAUUAAAUGCUAUACCACCAACAACAACUGUUCAAAAUUUCAAUAUUAAAAUAAAUGCAGCUAAGAAUCAAUGUUGGGUAGAUGUUGGAUUUUGGGGUGGAUUAAUUCCAACAAAUUUAUUAGAUUUAAAACCACUUAUAAAAAUGGGUGUACGAGGUUUUAAAGCUUUUAUGAUUGAAAGUGGUGUUGAAGAAUUUCCUGCUAUAACUCCCAAAACUAUAGUAGAUGCAAUGAAAAUUGUUAAAAAUGAAAAAACUUUAUUAAUGUUUCAUGCAGAAAUGCAACCAGAAGAACAUAGAGUUGAAUUUGAAUUUUCAGAAGAUGAAGAAGAACCAGAGGAAGAACAAAAUUUGGUGGUUACAGUUGAAGAUGCAUUAAUGAAUUCAAAUUUCGAUUUGGGAAUGUCUGCAUCUUUUAUUAAUAGAGCUCCUGAAAAAGUUGUUAAACUAUUAAAAAAUGAUCAUGGUGAUUAUAAACAUGAACAUGAAAAUUGUCAUUUACCUCAUAAUCAUGCAGGAUCAAUGGAUCAUAAAAUAUUAACUGAUGCUCAAGCAAGAGCUUUAGCUCAUACACCAAUAUUAGCAGGUGCAGAACCAACUUAUGGUAAAAAUGCAAUGAAAGUAAAUAAACAUGAACCAUGGGAAGAUGAUACAAAAGUUAGUACACCAUUAUUAUUAGCAGCACAAAGAGAUUCAACUUUAAAAAAUAUUGACCCAACAUCAUAUGCAUCAUUUUUAGCUUCAAGACCAGAUAAUUUUGAAACAACAGCUAUAGCAGAAAUUAUCAAUUGUUCAACAUUAAUUCCAACAGUUCCAUUACAUAUAGUUCAUUUAGCAACACAUGAAGCAAUCCCCUUGUUACGAGCUGCAAAAGCAAAAAAUUUACCAAUAACUGCAGAAACUUGUUUCCAUUAUUUAUCAUUAUGUGCAGAAAAAAUCGAAAAUUGUUCAACUCAUUUCAAAUGUUGUCCACCUAUAAGAACUGAUGAUAAUAGAAAAUUAUUAUGGAAAGCCUUGAGAAAUGAUAUAAUUUCUACGGUAGUAAGUGAUCAUUCACCAUGUACACCGGAUCUUAAAGGGUUAGAAAAAGGUGAUUUUUUUGAAGCAUGGGGUGGUAUAUCAAGUGUUGGAUUUGGAUUACCAAUAUUAUAUACAGAAGGAUUAAAAUUAAAUCCACCAAUAAGUCUUGUUGAAAUUAAUAAAUGGUGUUCUAAAAACACUGCAAAACAAGUUGGAUUAAAUCAUAAAAAAGGAACCUUCAAGGUUGGUUAUGAUGCUGAUAUAUGUGUAUUUGAUACUGAUUCACAAUUUAAAAUUGAAAACAAACAAGUUCAUUUUAAAAAUAAAUUAACUGCUUAUGAUGGUAUGGAAUUUAAAGGGAAAGUUUUAGAAACUUUAGUAAGAGGUAAAACAGUUUAUGCUUUAGGAAAAGGUCAUUCAAUUACACCUUUAGGAGAUUUAAUAUUAGAACCAAGGAAAAAUUAA